CAGGGAUUCACUUUUUUGUGUAACAGGAAGAAACCGAGUGAGAGGGUAUGGAAAAGAAUUCAACAGGACAUGAGAUUGAGGGAAAUGAAAUGAGACGUGAUGGUGGCAUGAAUGAGAGUGUGUGAGAAAGGGAAGGGGUGUGGGUGUAUGUCACACUUCAUGGAACACCAGCACAAGCAAAACAUACAAACGACUUGCAACAAAGCGAAUGAAAUAAAUUAAAGCUCACUUUAAUCUUCCGAUUCUUACACGUCCUACACCCCGUUCUCGACUUGGGAUGCGACCGCCUCGAGACAACAGUCGCGCCAGUAUUCGCCGUAGCAGCACCGGGAGUAGUUGUAGUAGUACCACCACCAGGCGUGCUCCCCCUCCCAGCACCAGCACCCGAAGCCGAGACCGUCGUACUUGUCGUGGACGAACCACCAACGCUGCUGCUCGCCGCCGAAAUACUCCCCAACGGCAUCGCAACGCUAGGCGACUUGGUGGUGGUGGUGGUAUUGGUACCACCGGCAGCAGUCAUCCCAACACCACUAUGAGGCGUCGUCGCCGUAGCCGUCGGCGUCGAACCCGGCGCCGAGGACGAGCCGCCGGACCCUUCCAUCGGGCUGUCCAUCAUUUCUCCUACCGUGCCGGGUUAUGCGGCAGCCCAGCCAAUUUGAGUUCGGCCAGCGGGCACACAGCUCUCACACACAGCAGCCAACCAACCAGCCAGCCAGCAGUCUUCUCUAGGGCGCGUAGGCCGCCGUGCCCCGGAGUAGGUAAGCAAAGGGAAUGGAGAGGGGCCGUUACAACCCGUGUGGCGAUCGGCGGGUGCGCGCGGCGAUGGCGGAACCACGCUUCGAAAUGCGAGAGUAUGACCGAAGCCUGCGCAAAUUCGGCAAAGACUUGCCUCGGGAAGGAACAAUGGGGAGCGGAUUUUGCGAGAGAAUGAUGGCAUGAAGGAAGAGGAAACCAGUUCGAGGGACGUGGUUGGCGGCGGCCUCGUUUUUCUCGGAUGCAAGGGCUACGGGGUUCCGAAUACGAGAAGGUUGUUGAGGUGUGCCCGCGGUUUCGCAAGUAACAAGGGCGGGGAUUGGCUGGGCCCCGUGCGGGCCGAAAGUCAGGUCUUCUCUGCUGCUAUAAAGAGGUGGAC